CUGGCAACUGUUGACGCGAGUCGCGCCCCAUCCUGCCCCCCGCUGUGGCCGCUGCUUCUGCUGCCGCCGGCGGUGGCUAAGCCAGUUAAUGACGUCACCGCCGCCUUUAUCUUCUCAGCCUUACCUGUGCCUCCCCGGCGAACCAGUCCGGCACUCCAUCGCGCUGUCGUGGCCAUCCCCCGCUGAUUUCCCUUGGCCCUCCGGCCGCGCGCCGUCGCCGGCAGCGAUGGGCCCGCCACGCUUACCGCCGGUAUACUAGUCGCUCGGGUUGGUGCGCCACACUCCCCUACGCCGUCGGCGUCAGCCACCACCGUCACCACGAGCCACUCCGCCGGAGCUCCACCUGAAGAAGUCAGAGCAGCGUUUCCCUCCACACAGAAGACCGAGGCUCCGAUCAAGCAAUCGAUCCCUAUGCAUCUUCUUGGCUGCUCCCUCUGAAAAAAAAUCCCCUUCAUUUGAUCUUCACAGCACAGGCAUGAGGCAUAUGCGAGAGGAGGCUGAAUAGGUAUGGCUCCCCUCCAAGUUUUUCUCCUCCUGUCACUGAUUUGUCUCUGCAAAUCCGACGACCGCCUUACUCCUGCAAAGCCGCUCUCCGCCGGCAGCAAGCUCGUCUCAGACAAUGGUGUCUUUGCUCUCGGCUUCUUCUCCCCAAAGAACUCAACUGCAGACUCAUAUGUCGGCAUAUGGUACAACAACAUCCCCGAGCGUACAUAUGUGUGGGUUGCUAACCACGACAACCCGAUCACCAACGCUUCUCCUGGGAAGCUGGUCGUGACCAACAACUCCGACCUCGUCCUGUCUGACUCCCAAGGCCGCGCUCUUUGGACAACCAUGAACAACUUCACAUCCGGAACCACCGGAACCGCUGUUGUACUGCUCGACUCCGGAAACUUGGUCAUCCAGUUGCCCAAUGGUACAGACCUAUGGCAGAGCUUCCAUCACCCAACUGACACCAUCCUCCCCGGCAUGCCUUUACCACUGAGUGCAAAUGAUGAUCUCUACACUCGCCUUGUUGCUUGGAGGGGCCCUGAUGACCCAGCCACCAGCGACUACUCCAUGGGCGGUGACCCUAGUUCGGACCUCCAGGUUGUCAUCUGGAAUGGGACGAGACCGUAUUGGCGCAGAUCUGCGUGGAAUGGUGAAUUGGUCACUGCCUCGUAUCAAGGUAGCACUGGCUUCAUCAUGACCCUAAGAAUUGUCUACAGAGGGGAUAAGUUAUACAUGACAUUCACCGUCUCCGAUGACUCGCCAAGCAUGCGAAUGGUGCUGCACUACACGGGCGUGUUUAGGUUUCUGGCGUGGAACAGCAACUCGUCAUCAUGGGAGGUUUUCACAGAGCAGCCAAGUCCUAGUUGUGACCAAUAUGCCUAUUGCGGACCAUUUGGCUACUGUGAUGCCACUGAAACAGUUCCAAAAUGCAACUGCUUCAGUGGGUUUGAGCCUAAUGGUGUUAACUUCUCCAGAGGGUGUCGGAGAAAGGAGGAUCUGAAAUGUGGUGGUGGCGAUAAUUUCUUGACCUUCAGAGGUAUGAAGAUACCCGAUAAGUUCGUGUAUGUCAGGAACAGAGGCAUCGACCAAUGCAGAGCAGAAUGCAGCCGUAAUUGCGAUUGCACUGCGUAUGCUUAUGCUAACCUGCAAAAUGGCAGCACGUCUGAUGACAUGUCAAGGUGCUUGAUUUGGUUGGGGGAGCUUGUCGACACGGGAAAGUUUCGUGAUGGCGAGAACCUGUACCUCCAUAUAGCCAGUUCAACAGUUGAGAAACAGAGUAAUGUAUCGAAGAUUGUACUCCCAGAAAUGGCUAGAUGCGGUUAG